AUGUCCAGACGAACCCGCUCGAGCGGCGUCGCACCUUUCCAAGCCCACGCUUUCAAGGGCAGGGGCAGGGGCAGGGGCAGCCCACCCCCCGCAGGCCGCGCGCCUACUCACCGGCUCCUCCGGCCCAUCUACGAUUAUCUUGAUAAUGGUAAUAAUAAAAUGGCAAUCCAGCAGGCAGAUAAACUGCUGAAAAAACACAAGGAUCUUCACUGUGCUAAGGUUCUAAAGGCAAUUGGCUUGCAGAGAACUGGGAAGCAAGAUGAAGCAUUUGCUCUAGCACAGGAAGUAGCAGCGCUUGAACCCACGGAUGACAACUCUUUGCAAGCAUUAACUAUCCUUUACCGAGAAAUGCAUAGACCGGAGUUGGUAACUAAGCUUUACGAGGCAGCUGUAAAGAAAGUUCCCAACAGCGAGGAGUAUCAUUCUCAUCUCUUCAUGGCCUAUGCCAGGGUUGGGGAAUACAAGAAGAUGCAACAGGCUGGAAUGGCACUUUAUAAGAUUGUUCCCAAAAACCCUUACUAUUUUUGGUCUGUGAUGAGCCUAAUUAUGCAGUCUAUUUCAGCCCAGGAUGAAAACCUCUCGAAAACUAUGUUUUUGCCUCUAGCCGAAAGAAUGGUGGAAAAAAUGGUGAAGGAGGAGAAGAUUGAAGCAGAGGCCGAAGUUGAACUUUACUACAUGAUUCUGGAACGCUUGGAGAAGUAUCAAGAAGCCUUGAGUGUUGUUAGAGGAAAACUAGGAGAGAAGUUGACAAGUGAACUCCAAAGUCGAGAGAAUAAGUGUAUGGCAAUGUACAAGAAGCUGGGCAAGUGGCCAGAAUGCAACGCGCUGUCUCGGAGGCUGCUAUUGAAAAACUCAGAUGAUUGGCAGUUCUAUAUAACUUAUUUUGAGUCAAUUUUCCAACUGAUUGACUACAACUGGACUCCUCCAGCAGAAGGAGAGCACUCUUUGGAAGGAGAGGUGCAUUAUUCUGUAGAGCAAGCUGUGAAGUUUGUAGAAGAAAGGAUAACAGAAGAAGCAAAGAGCUCUCGGCCACUUCGGGGACCAUACCUAGCUAAACUGGAGCUGAUUAGACGUUUGCAGCACAGAGGUUGCAACAAUGAAUAUAAACUAGGUGACCCAGAAGAACUAAUGUUUCAAUACUUCAAAAAGUUUGGGGACAAACCCUGCUGUUUAACUGAUUUAAAGGUGUUUGUGGACCUCCUUCCAUCCAGCCAGUACACAAAGUUCAUCAAUCAGUUGCUUGGAGUCAUACCUUUGUCAGCACCAGUAGAUGGUGAUCUUGCAUUACCAGCUGACAUCAAAGCUUUGCAACAGCACUUGUGCGUGGUACAACUAUCAAGAGUGCUAGGCCUCUAUCACAGCAUUGACAAGACACAAAAGCUGAGUGUUGUCCGAGAGUUGAUGUUAAGAUACCAUCAUGGACUGCAGUUUGGGAAAUCUUGUUUGAAAACUGAAUUGCAGUUUUCAGAUUAUUACUGUCUGCUUGCAGUUCACCUGCUCCUUGAUCUGUGGCUAGACGAAGGUGAAGAGUUGGCUGUGUGGCAAUCCCUGACUUUAUUAGAAGAAGGAUUAUCUCACAGCCCUUCUAAUGCUCAGUUUAAAUUACUGCUUAUUCGAAUCUACUGCAUGCUUGGUGCAUUUGAACCUGUUGUGGAGCUCUAUUCCAGCCUUGAUGCAAAGCACAUACAGCACGACACCAUCGGUUACCUUCUGACACGCUAUGCAGAGGCACUGGGUCAAUAUGCUGCUGCAUCCCAAUCCUGCAAUUUUGCACUCAGGUUUUUCCACUCCAACCAGAAAGAUACCUCAGAAUAUAUCAUUCAAGCCUACAAGUAUGGUGCAUUUGAGAAGAUCCCAGAAUUCAUUGCUUUUAGGAACAGGCUGAACUCCUCACUCCAUUUUGCACAAGUCCGCACUGAACGGAUGUUGCUAGACCUCUUACUUGAAGCAAAUAUAUCAACCAGUUUAGAAGAAAGUAUAAAGUCCAUGAGUCUGAGUCCAGAGGAGGACGACAUUCCAUGGAAAGAUUUGCGUGACAACAGAGACUUAACGGUCUUAUUUAAUUGGGAUCCAAAAGACAGGGAUAUUUCUGAAGAACACAGGAGACUGUCAUUAGAGGAAGAAACCAUCUGGUUGCAAAUCCGAUCUUUAACUUUAAGGCUAAUAAGCGGACUUCCAAGUCUUAGUCAUGCUUUUCAGCCAAAGAACUCUGAAAAGGCUGCUGAGAAUGGAGUUUCAUCCAAGAUUGAUACAAUUCGCACUCUGCUUCAGCAGCUGGAAGUGGCCAUGGAUUCAGGGAAGAGGUUUCUAGAGCAGACAAUUCAGUAUCCUGUCCUUGGCCCUCCUCCUACCCGGAUGGCUGGCUUCUUCAGCAAUGGCAGCUGUCAGUGCCAGACUAGCUUGUUUUAUCUUGUUAGUGAUAUUUAUGAACUAGAUACCAAUGGCUUAGAAGAUUCAACAGACAUCCAGGAGAGGAUAGGGAAUAGUUUAAAAUCAUUACUAGAACAAUUAACAGAUUUGUUCAAUAAAUGUAAAGGUGACUUGAUUGAAGUCAGAGAUGGCAUCUUGAAAACUCAUCCGAAUGUUUUAGAAAACUUAGUCUUCUUUGUUGAGACGCUCUCCAUCACCCUGUGGGUUUCAAGUUACUGUGACAGUGUCCUCCGACCCUUCAAAUCAAACUUGCAAAAAAAGAAGAAGAAAAAAAAAGAAACCAGCAUAGUUAUGCCUCCUGUAUUCACCAGUUUUUUGGAUUAUGUUACUGAGCUACAAACAUUAACUUCCAAUGUUAUAGAUCAUAUCAAAGGGCUUGAAGUAAUGUUGACUGCACUAAAACUUGAAGAACUGUCCCUUGAGGACACUUUACUUUCACAGGAAGAAAAAAAGUUUACAAAGACUGUGCAAGGAAAGGUCCAGAGCAGUUACCAGCAUUCAGUUCAGGAAAUUGGAGAGCUGCUGAAAAAGAGACUUGAUACUGUUAAAAAAUUAAAGAUUUAAGAAAUGCACCAUAGGCAUAAAGUCUCCAUGACAGAGUGACAUCAGAAUCCCAGACAGAAGCAACAUCCGACGUACCAUCACUUUAAUCCAGAACUUCCUCACAAAUGCAUGAAGGACUUAAAACCAUAAAAUUACUUUUUAUUUUUUUUUAGGUAUUAAAGGUAUAUUCAGCCAAUUAAAUUAUUGUACAUAAAUCGGAAGCAGGGACCCUCCAUUGGGGUUUGACCACUUUUUAUACAUGUUCAUAAGCAUAUUGCGACAGGAAAAAUUCAACUUUCUUCCCUUUUGAUCUCCAGGAACAACUGGAGAUGGUCUUUAGAAGCAGCAAUAGAAAUCCAGUGUAAAGCAUAUAUCUCAAAGGAGUUGUAUUUGAUCACCAUACAGUGUUUAUACUUUUUAUGUACGGUCCUUGCCUUAGAAAAGCAGAAAUUGUAGAUGCCCAAAUUCAACAUUGGAGCUUGUGUGGCCUCUUCCACUGAAGCAGGUUAGUUCUGGAGCUCUCCAUUUCGUUGGCAAGCCACCUGGCCCUGCUUAGCUUACGAGUCCAGCAUGGAGAGGUGACCUUGUGUUGGAAGCACAUCUUUUAUUUAUACAAAAAGCCUUCCAGCAAUGCUCACUGUUCACCAGAUAGGGUCGUACGUAAGUAACAAUACAGCUUCCUCUAAGGAUUGAACCCCAGAGAGGGCUGUUUGCACACAGAUCACUUUCUAAUGGAAAGGUAACUUAAAAAAGUACGAGCCUGAUGUAAAACAAAACAUGGUCAUUCAGAUUUAGAAAGGUGGGAAUUGGUGGUUCAGCUAAAAGCUAGAGACCUUGUACAUAUCUGCAGUGAAGUCUGACACCACAAUCUCUGAUUUUUAUGUCAGUUUAAUGUAAAACAGCAAUCAUCAUGACUUUAAAAAAGUGUACUUAGGUGCUUGAAACUUUAAAACUUAAAUAUUUUUAAUGGAAUUGAGUUCUAUUGACUUACUAUGGUUUUAAGUUGGCAGAGGUCAUUUUUGCUUCCACUGUGGUAUGAGGCUGAGAAUGUUGCUCUUUUAAAAAAGAAAAAAAUGUAUGCUUGCUUUUGCAAUUGAUCUUUUAUGAGUAUCCAAGUACUAGUUCUGUUAGAAAAAUGUAAUUGCAUCAUCUGCUCCCAUCAGAUCUGCAUUUCUGCUAUUUUAGUUUUUUAAAAAGUAAUACGGUCUAUUACAAAUAGGCACAAGAAAUACAUGUUGCACCUAGUAUCCGAGGGACACUUCAGACUUUUACAGAUUCCUUAUCUUCUGAUGGGGAAAAAAGCAACUAUAAUCUGAAAUCUAUAUUUAAAGUUCUAAGAGAGCUGAUAAUCCUAGCGUUGUCAUCUCUGCUGAAUACAUUUUUGUUAGAAAUGCUACAGUGUUGACGAGAAUAUUUUUUUAAAACAAAUCCCUGUGUAAAAUUUUAAGUUCCUGCUCUUGCUGGAUUUGGUUUUACUUAGCCCCAUCCUAAAAGGGAAAGAGGAGUUUGUACAAGUUUGAAUUGUAAUGGAUGUGCUCUGGUUUAGUCGCAGUGUCUGGUAAGUGCUUUGGACCCAGUGAAAACAAUAUCAAAAUGUGUUAGGUCUGCUUUAUAGCAAGACACUUUGCUGAGCAAACGCAGCUAUCUUUCAUUAUGUAGAAAUACCUUUGGAACAAUGAAUGUGCCGUUUUAAAUUAAGAGUCAUUACCAGGCAUGUGAAAUACGAAGUUUAAGUGGAAAAAAAAAAUUCAUUGCUAAGAUAGUGCAGUUACUAUAGUGGAACUGAGGAGAGGCCCUGCAAAACUGUUUUGCUAAAAUAAAUAAAUAAAUAAUCCAAUUACACAGGGCUAACUCCAGCAGAACCCCACCUGCGAUGCUGCUCUUAUAUACAGGACUCUGGGCAAAUGCUGGCAUGGGAAUACCGACAUGCCAGAUAGAUCUGAACAAGACCAGAUAGCACAGUGAUCUACGCUGCACCUGCCGCCUCUUUGGUGCCGCUGUCAGAACUGAACCAGCCCUAGCACCAGGCAGAAAUCCUAGUGAAAUAAGCUUAGUGUGAUUGAGCCUUAAAGCCUUGUGUACAUGAGGUGGUAGAACUUGCUGAAAACAUGAUUUUCAGCAUCAGUUCCCUUUGAAGCAGGAGCGAAACAGCUGGGUGCUAUGUCUGGAUAUGCUGGCUUUAGACAGCUACAUUGAGCUCUGGUGACGGAUGGACGUUUCAGUCACUUCCUGAAAUAGCAUUGGAUGAAUUUGUGCCCGGUCCACGCUAGUAUGAAACCAUUUUCUUACCAGUUCAGGGAAAACAUUCAAUAUUUCCCAGUGUAGAUAGCAUCUACCUAAUUGAUUGUAAGUUAAAUGUCAAACCAUAUGACUUUUGUUACUCUGUAGAUGUUUUAUACUAACUGUAGUGUAAAAUCUCUAAAAGAGGAGACUGAAUGGGUGUGCACACAAAUGGCUAAAUACGACUGAUUUUCCUCGGGAAACUUCUCUCAAUUCCUAUAAAUUGUGUACAGUUAAAUAUUAUAUAUUUCUUACUAAAGAGCAGGUUCCCCUCCAGCACACAUCCUAAUGAGAUUUGAUAAGAAAUCUAAGAUAUAACCCAUUGCUGCUGUUUGUCCUUUUUUUUUUUUUUUUUGGGUGGUGAAUUGAAAUACAAAGUUAGAAAAAAGCUAUCAAGACUACUGUUUACAGACUGAGAAAUUAUUGCUUUUAUACUACUGGGAUCAUGAGCCAAGAUCCUUCUCUAGAUUUUCUUUUCAACUGUUUUCUUUGCUUUAAAUCAUAAAUCUUCUGUGGAUGGAGGUCAAGAGUUCACCACCUACCUUUCUCUGCAUAAAAGAAAAAUGUACAAUGCCUCCUGUGUUGCCCAUCAUUUUUGGUAUCAUUUUAGCAGUUUUAACUGUUCAAAAAUUGCAUUUAUUUUGCGAGCAUUAUGUUAAAUCAUGUUUUCCUUUUAUUUUAACCUUUAUUAAUAUAAAAGGAUUUUUUUGCUGCAUCUACAGCCUUACCUGAACUUUCUCUUGAUUAUUCAUUGUAAUUUAUGACUGUGGAAGAUAUGUAUGCUUCGGCCUUCUACGGAAUUAAGUGACACAACUGCAAGCAAUCUGCUUUAAACUGGAUGGGUUUAUAAUUUAUAUAAAGGUCAGUUUCGUUAUAAA